ACAAGGAAGGUCACUCCACCUAUUGCCAAUUGGUUUUAGGUAGGAUGCAAGCCUUGUGUUGAGCCCACAUGCAAGAUUUUCAGUAGGUACUUGACGGCAAGAUCUUGCCACAACAGUAGAUCGUGACAGCAAGUUUUUGCUGCAGACAACCAGUUUCUCAUGGCUUCUGAAGACACAACCACAAAGGCCAAUCCUAAGACGACAGGGGGAGCGAGGGAAGCUUUGAAAUCAAGCGACCCAGACUCUCCAUAUUACUUGCACCCAAGUGAUGAUCUUGGAAGGAUUUUGGUAACAUCCCCUUUGACAGGGGAGAAUUAUCACACAUGGAAGAGAGCACUACAAAACGCUCUUUAUGCAAAGAACAAGAUGGGCUUCGUUGAUGGGACAUUGAGAAAGCCAGAAAUAGACUCACCAAAUUAUGCAUCAUGGACGAAGUGUAACUCAAUGGUACUGUCUUGGAUUCUAAACACAAUUUCAAAAGAACUGCAUGAUAGUGUUGCUUAUGCUGACAGUGCAAGAGAGGUUUGGAAUGAUCUGCAAGAGAGAUUUUCUCAAGGAAACACCACAAGAGUGCAUGAAUUAAAGCUUGAACUAGCCACCAUGGUUCAACAAGACAGAUCAGUUGCUGCAUACUUCACCAAAUUAAAACCAAUUUGGGACGAAUUACAUGCAUAUGAACCUACUCCAGUAUGUGUAUGUGGGUGUACUUGUGGGGCAGCGAAGGAGUACACAAAGGCACGUGAGACAGAGAAGGUUCAUCAGUUUUUAAUGGGUUUGAAUGAUAACUUUUCCACUAUACACUCACAAAUCUUGAAUUUGGAACCAUUACCUUCUUUAAACAAGGUAUAUGCAAUGGCAACCAAGAAGGAAAGGCAACAAGCUAUAACAGCUUCAAGAGGACCAGUAAUUGAAGCCACUGCCUUAGCAAAAAAGUCAAGUAUGAGUGGAAGAUUGAACAAUCUCGAAAAGGCACGGUGUGAUCAUUGCAAGAAAGUUGGCCAUACCAAAGACCGAUGCUAUGAGAUUAUUGGGUACCCCUUAAGUUGGAAGACUGGAGGCACAAAGACAAAAGGCAAGGGUGAUGGACAGAGAAGUCAAAGUCAUGGAAGGGAAUUAAUCUUUGCAGCUAAAGCAAACCAUGAUCCAACAAGAACAGAUGGCAAUCAAAAUCAGUCUCCUCUUAUCGGACUGACCAAGGAACAGUAUGAUCAAUUACUCACACUUCUCGGUGGUAAUUCCAUCACUAAUCAUUCGACAAACAUGGCUGGUAAGAUGCAAAUCUCAUCUUUUCCUUGGAUUAUUGAUAAUGGCGCCUCAAACCACAUGACCCCAAAUCUUUCCAAGCUUACUAAAACCAUACCUUAUGUUGCACCAGUCCACAUACCUGAUGGAACCUCCUUACAUGACCUAACCUCGAGGAAGUUGAUUGGAAUGGGUAAACUGCAUGAGGGAAUCUACUAUUGUGAAUUUGGGCAUGUUCCAGCUGCUAGUCGAGUAAAGCCGAAGGAGACUGCGUCGUUUGAAUUGUGGCACAAGAGGCUUGAACCUACACAACCCAUUGAAACCUUGCCAUCUACUGAACCCGUGUCACUUACUCAAGAUGAGCAAACCAUCGAAACCGACCAGUCCAUUGAAACCUCUAUGCAAGAUAUGGGACCUGAAGUACCACAGUCCACUAGGCCACAACGCCAACGACAUGCUGCUAAACGCUUUCAAGACUACGUCUGUGACAUGCUGCCAUCUAUCGACUCUCAACAGAUCCCAUUUCACUCAGCUAACUCAGGUAUUCUCUACCCUCUUUCAAACCAUUUAUCUUAUGAUUCAUUCUCUCGUAAAUACUUAACCUAUCUUGCGGCCAUCACUUCUAUAGAUGAGCCUAAGUCAUUUUACCAGGCCAUUAAGAAUGAAAAGUGGAGAGAAGCGAUGAGGAAAGAAAUUACUGCCCUUGAGCAGAAUGGAACUUGGACUCUUGAGCAAUUGCCUGCAAGGAAGAAGGUCAUCGACUCUAAGUGGGUCCACAAAAUUAAAUACAAGCCAAAUGGGACAGUGGAGCGAUAUAAGGCAAGACUGGUGGCUAAGGGAUUUACCCAAGUAGAGGGUCUUGAUUAUCAUGAGACUUAUGCUCCAGUUGCAAAGCUGGUCACUGUAAGGCUUCUCCUUGCAAUAGCAGCUAUUAAGCAUUGGGAACUCCAUCAAUUGGAUGUGAAUAAUGCAUUUUUACAAGGUGACUUACAUGAGGAAGUUUAUAUGAAGAUUCCCCAAGGAUUUACCUGUAAGGAUGGCAGUGUGGUUUGUCGACUAAGGAAGUCUUUAUAUGGCCUUAAACAAGCCUCUCGGAAUUGGUUUGAGAAGUUCACACAGUCUCUUAAGGCUGCUGGCUUUAUGCAAUCUCGAGUUGACUACUCACUGUUUACCUCAAGCAAAGCUCAGAGUUUUGUUGCUGUUUUAAUAUAUGUUGAUGACAUUAUCAUUACAGGGAAUGAUACUGCAAGAAUUCAAGCCUUGAAACAAUAUCUGCACACAAGGUUUUCAAUUAAGGACCUUGGACCUCUCAAAUAUUUUCUUAGAAUUGGGGUGAUUCGUACAAGAGAGGGAAUUGUAUUCAGCCAGCGUAAAUAUGCUCUUGACAUUCUUCAUGAAACUGGUGUUAUCGGAGCUCGCCCAAGCCACUCUCCAAUGGAGCAAAAUCAUCACUUGUCCUCUGCCACUGGACCGCUUCACACGGAUCCAGCCCAAUAUAGGAGGUUAAUUGGGCGACUACUCUACUUGACAAUCACAAGACCAAAUAUAUGUUACUCGGUUGGAUUGCUCACACAGUUUAUGCAAAACCCGCGACAAGAGCACCAUGAAGCUGCUAUGAAAGUGCUCUGCUACAUUAAAGGUUCACCGGGACAAGGAAUUUUGCUACCUUCAGCAGAUCAGUUAACUCUCAUAGCUUAUUGUGAUGCGGAUUGGGCAGGAUGUCCGAUCACUCGACAGUCCACAACAGGGUACUUUAUUUCUUUGGGCAACUCUCCUAUUUCAUGGAAAUCAAAGAAGCAAGCAAUAGUCUCUAGGUCCUCUGCCGAAGCUGAAUACAGGGCAAUGGCAAUGACACUUAGUGAGUUGAUUUGGCUAAAGUCAUUGCUCUCUGAUUUGUGUAUUCCACAUGAACAACCCAUGACUCUUUAUUGUGAUAACCAAGCUGCCAUCCACAUAGCUAAUAAUCCGGUGUUUCACGAAAGGACAAAGCAUAUUGAAAUAGAUUGCCACUUCAUUCGAGAAAGACUUCAAGCAAGGGAGCUUGUUACCAGACAUGUAAUGUCCAAGCAGCAACCCGCAGAUAUAUUUACCAAAGCCUUGGGUCGUGAACACUUUGCCUCAUUACUAUCCAAGUUGGGCAUUCGAGAUGUUCAUGCUCCAACUUGAGGGGGAGUAUAGGGCGGUGAUUAUGGAUGGUAUAAGGCGGUGAUUAUGGAUGGAAUGGUCAAAAGAAUAUUUUGUAUGGAUUAGCAUUGAUUGGCAUUGUACAGUUUCCUGUAUUUCCCUUUAUUUCCUUUUCUGGUAGCAGACCCCAGUUGUAUAUAGGUGCAAUGCUGUUUAUAAUGAAAGUAUUGUAUUCUA